CCCGGCGCUCUGCUGGUAGCAGCGGGGGCGCGCGCAGCUGCGGGUAAAGAGUCUUCUCCUGUGAGGGGAGAGACAGUCUGACAGACAGUCUGACAGACAGUCUGAGAGAGAGUCUGAGAGAGAGUCUGAGAGACGUGGACCGUCCGGGAGCACAGAGAGGAUGAAGCGAACAACCUUCCUGCUGGUGUUUGGAGUCGUCCUGAGCUGCUGUCAGGCUCAGUCGGAGACAGGAGGCGAGGAGACGGACGCACAGGAGGAACAUGUGGAGCUCUUCACCACCCCGACUACUAAGAUGGGCGCCGCCACCUCAGACUUCGGCUAUAACCUGUUCCGCGCCCUGGCGAGCCGCGAGGCAGCCACCAACGUGUUCCUGGCCCCCAUCAGUGUGUCCGCGGUCCUGACGCAGCUCUCGCUGGGAGCAUCUGAGCAAGCUCAGAGGCAGCUGUUCCGGGCUCUGAGGUAUCACACCCUGCAGGACCCUCAGCUCCACAGCACCCUGAAAGACAUGCUGGCUUCAGUCAGGACGACCGGGAAAGGCCUGAGUACUGCUGCACGCAUCUACCUGGCACGACGACUUCGGCUGAAGCCGGAGUUCUUCGACCUCGUGGAGCAGCAGUAUGGAGUUCGUCCCAAAGCGCUGCAGGGGGGAACCAAAGAUCUGAAAGACAUCAACGACUGGGUGUCCCAAGAGACGGGCGGGAAGGUACAGCGUCUCCUCACCAAGUCCCUCCCCCGAAACUCUGGCGUGAACACCGUGAGUGCCGCCUACUUUAAAGGGAAGUGGGUGACUCGCUUCGGUCAGACUGGAGCCAUGGAGAACUUCGAAGUGGAGGGCAAGGCACCGGUUCGCGUUCCCAUGAUGCAACAGGAUAACUACCCCAUUAAGAUGGGUGUCGACUCAGAUUUGAGCUGCACGAUCGCUCAGAUCCAGAUGCAGGACGACAUCAGCAUGUUUGUCUUCCUCCCCAAUGAGGUGACGACCAACAUGACGCUGCUGGAGGAGAGUCUGACCGCUGAGUUCGUCCAGGACCUCUCCUUGACGCUCCAUCCUGCCCAAGUGUCCCUCACUCUGCCCUCCCUGAGACUCAGCUACUCCACAGACCUGCUGCCACUGCUCAGCGAUGUUGGUCUCUCUGAAUGGCUAGCUGACACGAACUUGGAGAAAAUCUCGACCCAGCCGGCCAAGCUCAGCAGCGUCAAUCAUAAGGUUGUCAUGGAAACGGCGCCCGAGGGGAACCAGUACGCCAGCACCACCUCAACGGCUCAUCUGACCUACCGAGUGGACCGACCCUUUAUGUACCUGAUCCGAGACGAAGCGUCGGGGGCACUGCUGUUCAUCGGCAGAGUGGUCAACCCCAAAGACCUGACGAUAUAACACGCACACUCGUGCACACACACACGCACGCACACACGCUAUGAGGGGUCAAACGUUUCACCCAACCACACUACAACGCGUCACUUGCGCCUACGUAGGACACAUGAGAUCUAAUCAAACCACGUGAGCGCAUGCCUACAUUUACAUAGGGUUACUAUGGAGACACGAGUGUUACACACACGCCCGCUACAUGACGCGCAGGCGUUGUGCGCUCCACUCACACGAUGCGCUCACACGUCUUAUCAGUAUGCGUGCACAGUGCGUUACAAACGCUACACAUACACUACACCUGUGUGUCUACGCACGCACGUACGAUUAGCAGAGUUAGCAUAGCGAUGCUACGUGUCACGUCUGUAACACGACGUGUUGUUGGUUCAACAGCUGACACUUUUGACGCCUGUGAUUACAUGACGUGUCUACGCACGCACGUCUGAUUAGCAUAGGAAGCUAGUUAGCAUAGCGAUGCUACGUGUCACACGUCCGUAACACGACGCGUUGUUGGUUCAACAGCUGACACUUUUGACGCCUGUGAUUACAUGAUGUGUCUACACACGCACGUCUAAUAACCACACGUUCAGGCGUGUGCAGGCAUUGCACGCGCAGUGCAUGUGUAACAAGUACACGGUGAUGGUUGCACACGCAAUUUACACAUAUCAAGUACGCAGUGAAUGCAGUGUGUAUGUGUUCGCUGAUACGUUUGACCCCUCAUACACACACACACACACACACACACACACACACACACACACACACUCUUAGCAGGUCCUAGGAGGGAUUCCAGGUGUUUGCUUUUGUUUCUGGUGGCAGAUAUUUUUGAGGAUAUUGGAUUGGAUUUUACUUUCAGGCUAAAACAUGUGAUCACAUCACCCUGAUACUCAAACACACUCUGAGCUCACCAAAGGAUUGUUUUUUUUCUAAGGAAUCAAAUAUUGUCAUUUGUGGUACAAGAAAUAAACGACAAUGAAACAAAA